UCUUUUUGUUGUUGUUCAUCAAAUUUUUGUGGGAGGCGCAUGCCUUUUUUUUUUUGGAAAUGUUCAAGUCAACCCUCUUUAACCUUUUUGAUUUGUUGCCAUUAAAAAUGGGUAACAAUAACUUUUUCCUACGAUUUUCGUUGCAUGGAUUCGUCUAGUUUCUGGUCAUCUUCUGCACGGGUCACUCCUCUCAAAUCUUCCUUGUCGGAUCAUCAUUUGGGCUGUCGGGUCCCUCGCAUCAGUCGAAAAUUUCGGUCUUUGAGCUCUGAUUCGGGUCUGCGUUUCAUCAUUUCGGGUCCAGAUUCCGGUAAGAAGAGAAUCGAAUCUCCGACAAGGCGAUUGGCUAUGGCGUCUCCCGCGAAUUCCGACCGGAAGAUCAUCACUGGUCCCGCCGGUUACGUUCUCGAAGAUGUUCCGCAUUUGUCCGAUUACAUCCCGAGCCUUCCUACAUAUCCAAAUCCAUUGCAAGACAACCCUGCGUACUCUGUUGUCAAGCAAUAUUUCGUCGACGAGGAUGAUACCAUCCCUCAUAAGAUAGUUGUUCAUCCAGACACUCCCAGAGGAACUCAUUUCCGGCGUGCUGGACCUCGGCAAAGGGUCUAUUUCGAGCCGGAUGAUGUUCUUGCUUGCAUUGUCACGUGUGGUGGCCUGUGUCCGGGACUCAACACCGUGACCCGGGAAAUAGUCUGUGGCUUAGCUUACAUGUAUGGUGUAAAGAGGAUCCUCGGAAUAGAUGGAGGUUACAGGGGAUUUUACGCAAAAAACACGGUCCCUUUGGACCCGAAAGUCGUGAACGAUAUACACAAACGUGGAGGAACCGUGCUCGGUACUUCUAGAGGUGGCCAUGAUACCGCCAAGAUAGUUGACAGCAUUCAAGAUCGCGGGAUUAACCAGGUUUACAUAAUUGGUGGAGAUGGAACUCAGAAAGGUGCAGCGGUUAUAUUCGAGGAAAUCAGGAGACGGGGGCUCAAAGUCGCGGUUGCUGGAAUACCGAAAACUAUCGAUAACGACAUUCCCGUUAUCGAUAGAUCUUUCGGGUUUGACACGGCUGUUGAAGAGGCUCAACGUGCAAUCAACGCAGCCCAUGUCGAAGCCACGAGUACUGAGAACGGCAUAGGCCUUGUUAAGUUGAUGGGACGGUAUAGCGGUUUCAUUGCCAUGCAUGCAACUCUAGCCAGCCGAGACGUGGACUGUUGCUUGAUCCCGGAAUCGCCCUUUUACCUCGAGGGAGAAGGCGGGCUCUUUGAAUUCAUCGAGAAAAGGCUGAAGGAGAAUGGUCACAUGGUGAUUGUGAUUGCAGAAGGGGCAGGACAGGAGCUUUUGUCUGAAAGCAUGCAGUCCAUGACUCUCAAGGAUGCUUCUGGUAACAAACUUCUUCAUGAUAUUGGCCUGUGGAUAUCUCAUCGGAUCAAGGAUCAUUUUGCCAAGAAGAUGACCAUAAACCUCAAAUACAUAGAUCCAACUUACAUGAUCCGUGCUAUUCCUAGCAAUGCAUCAGACAAUGUAUAUUGCACGCUUCUAGCUCAAAGCGCUGUUCACGGAGCCAUGGCUGGGUACACAGGCUUCACUGUUGGUCUUGUCAAUGGCCGACAUUCUUACAUCCCCUUCUACAGAAUCACAGAGAAACAGAACGAGGUGGUGAUUACAGACAGGAUGUGGGCAAGGCUUCUGUCUUCGACCAACCAACCCAGCUUCAUGAAUCACAAGGAAGUGUCGCCGGAGAAGAAGGACGAGGGCGCCGGAAAGAUGACGUGGAUCCCGGAGAAUGGUCAGGUCGGGGACCAAGAAGAAGCCGUGAACAUCUCUGUCUGAAAAUGGAACACUGACGCCGUCGGAGUUUUCUAACUGUUUUUUUGUUGUUGUUGUCAUUAAGAGAGGGAUUAGUGACUCUUCAGAGGAUUAUCUUGUUUUUAGAAUAAUCAUCCAUUCCUAAGCUUGAAAAUUGCUGUAAUGAUUCUGAGAAUAAUGCAAUAACUGUGUUUAAGGUUGAGUAAAACACGAUUUUCAGGUUC